CGCCGGUUAGUUGUUCACUGGUCAAUUUAAAUAUCGCUUUGAGUGUAGAAAGACGUUCGAUUUCGACUGUCUUUACAUUUUGAUCGGAUUAUCUAUUGAACUAACUCACGCAUUAGUUAAAAUUUCAAGUUAGUUCGGAACCAGUGAUUGAAGUGUGUGUUAGAAGUUUUAAGCACAACAAUGGGCAACGACAAGGAAGACUCCGGCUUCGGGUUCAAGGACCGCGCCAAGGCUGAAGAGACGCUGAAGCUGCUUGAAGCUCACGACAUGAGCUACAGGAAGCUCACUGUGAGGGGCCUGCUACAGCGGGCCAAGCGGGUGCUGACGCUGACCAAGGCCCCCGAAAAGAUCAAGAACAUCAAGGAAGCGAUGGAGGUGUUCGAGAACUGGCAGGCCGGGCUCGACGGCAGCAAGGAUAAGGCAGAGGAGAAAGAGAAGAAAGAUGACAAAAAGGCUGAUCAGAAAAAGGAUGAACAGGGAUCUGAUUCAUCAGGGUCAGACGUCGAGAUGGAAGACAAGAAGCCCUCCCUCCCUUCUGACUCCGUGCCAGGUCUCGGCUUCAAGGACCGGGAGACUGCUGAAGGGACUCUGAAGGAGCUGGAGGGCCGAGACCCUGAUUACCAGAAGCUGGCUGUUAAGGGGCUGCUUGGACGAGCGAAGAGGGUUUUAACUUGCACAAAAGACGAGACCAAACUAGCCAACAUAAAGGAAGCCAUGUCGAUAUUCGAUAAGUUCCUCGACGACUUCGAUAGCCAGCACUUGAGCAAACAGAACAACGUGUACGUCGGUCUGAACGUCGUGAGGACCUGCCUGAGGACGGCUGAGGAGCGCGGGCUGGAUGUGGAACAUCAGAAAGCCUUCAUCCAGGCCUACAGUGAUGUGAACGGCGAGUACAAGCGGCUGAGAACAGUCGCUGAGAAGGAAGGCGGCAAGACCUGGGACAUCGUUAGAAACACAGCACUCAAGGACUUGAAGGAAAAGCAUGCAGAUGCAGUACUAUUCAAAGACAACGAUGAACCAACAGACGAACAUUUAGAGCUGCUACUUUGGUCAUAUUCUCCAGAACCCGCCAAAGUAAAGAAAUUAAUACCAGAGACAAAACCGGAAGCGAAGAAAGUAGAGGGGAGCCGGAAACGGAAAUCCGGUUCAGAAGACGAAGAGGAGACACCAAGUAAAAAGAAGAAGUAGAAUAGUAGCUCCGUAAAAUAUCCACUGAGUCGUGUUGAUUUGAGUUGCAUUUAAAGAUUAAAGAUGUAUAAUAAGAAUGAUUAAACUGAAGUAUUAAGUUGGA